UUGCAGAUGCCCUCGCUGAACCCCGCCCGCGCCCUCGGGCCGGCCUUCGUCAUGAACAAGUGGGAGAACCACUGGGUGUACUGGACGGGCCCCGUGCUCGGCGGCGUCGUCGCCGGCCUGGUGUACGAGUUCAUCUUCAGCCCGCGCCGCCAGCCGCGCCGGCCCUCCGACUCGAUCGACGGCGACUCGAGCUCCAUCCACUCUGACGAGGACCCCUACGACGACCUGGACAAGAGCGGCAAGAUGCACCAGGGCAUGCGCUCCGUGCAGCCCGGCGGCGACAUCUACCGGCCCGUGGGCCCCGUGGGCCCGUCCACCCUGGGCUCGGCGCUGGGCUCCCCCGGCGGCGGCCCCGGCGGCCCCACCUACUGCCCUAGCCUCACCUCAGCCAGCCUCUACUCGGCGCCGCCCUGCAAACUGGAGCGCGUCGAGUCGCUCUACGGCGGCACCAAGUCCCUCUACGCCAAGAGCCCGCCGCUGACCAGGGCCAACCUCAACCGCAGCCAGUCCGUGUACACCAAGAGCCCUGGCGCCAUGGGGCCCGCGCUGCCGCGGCCGGGACCGCUCGUGCCCGCGCAGUCUCUCUACCCCAUGCGCCUCGGUCAAGGACUCGGCCAGGGCCUCGGCCAGGGACUCGCCUCCACCGGACCCACCCCCGUCGUCGCCCCACACUGCCUGGCCAGCCAGCAACAGCACCAACAGCAGCAGCAACAGGAGCAGGUGCUAAGCAGCGCGACGCACAGCGCCAACACCACGACGAACCAGAACGUGCAGAACCAGCAGAACGCGGCGCGCCACGAGAGCGUCUACGGCGUCCGGGGCGCGGCCAGCGGCGCGGCCUCGACCGGCAUCUACGGCGUGACCACGGCGCCGCAGCCGCACCCGCCGGCGCAGCAGGUCCCGCACCCCGCGCCCAGCCCCGCCAGCUCGGCCAACUCGUCGACGGGCAAGCACGAGCGCGAGCGGCGGCCCGAGUCCGUGUACGGCAUGUCCGGGCGGCGGCAGGACUCCAACGACUCGUCGUACGGCUCGUACCAGAGCAGCGCGACGGAGCGGGAGCGGCCGCCGACCGGCGCGGAGCAGCGCGAGCAGCGCGAGCAGCGCGAGCAGGGCAGGACGCCGGCGCCGGGGCACGCGAGCGGCGCCACCACGCCCGCGCAGCCCUCGGCCGCGGCCAACCCGCCCGUGAGGCAGUCCAACUACGGCCACCUGCCGCCGCUGCCCAUGCAGGGCAUGCCCCAGGGCAUGCAGGGCAUGCCGGGCCCCGGCCAGGGCGUCAUCAUGGCGGGCCCGGGCUCCAUGCCCAUGGGCGGCAAGUGCGUGGUGGGCGGCUCCAUCACCGUCACCAGCAACGGCAGCGCCAACUACAGCGGCGUGCGGCACGCGUCCCACGCGCCCCACCCGCACCAGGGCGGCCACCACCAGGGCCACCACCCCGGCCACCACCCGCACCACCAGGGCCACCACCCCGGCCACCACCAGUUCAGCAUGCACCACGGCCACGGCCACCAGGGCAUGCAGGCCAGGCAUUCCCCCAGCGUGCCCGCCGGCACUCAGUACUGACGAAGCCGCUCCGCCGAGCUGGUGGACGACCCCGAGGACGCCGUCGUCGUCGACCGCUUGGUGUAGUUCGGUUACCCCCUACCUCUCCGACAGGACUAUACUCACGGAGGGCGCAGCCAACGUUGUGUCGGACUUGCUCGUGCCUCGCUCAGAAUUGGGACUGGAUGAGGGUCCAGUCCAGGCUUAGGAGAAGUUGUUUGGGAGUGCAGUAUGGCACCCCCACAAAGUCAGUGUGUGUGUAAGUGUGAAUAUGAUAGUUCAAAUGUGCCAAAAUGAUAGAAAUCGUUUCUCCAAUUGUAGGCAUGUUCUGACUGAGUUUUUGAUCAAACAAUGUGUUGUUAUGCCCCAAUGCGUUAUUGUUUUAAGUUUUUGUUACCCACCUUUACCGUCCACAGCUUUGAUCUGGUUUGGUUUUCUUGGCUGUUUUUAUUUUUUCUGAUACCAUUUUUGUUCUGUUAUAUUUUGUGUCAUUUUUUAAAAUUCUGCACCAUGCAACUAUUUAAAAAAUAAUAAGUAGAGUGAACCGUUUGAAUUGUUAAAAAUUCUUGGAAUUCAUUCUUUUACAUAUGAGUCCUGCUAUCUCCAACAUAAUUGACCACUCAGAUCUUGCCACUCUGAACUGAUGAUAAAAAAAAUCCAUGAUGUUAAAGACUACACACUAAAUAAUUAUGAAUGUUUUCAUAAAACUACUAUUUCAAAUUUUGAUUCUUGUCAUCUUGUAUAUGUUUAACUUAAGAAUAGACCAAAUGCUCCUUUGUAUUUGUUAGACUAGUGUCUAGUUAGCAUUCACUUCCUGUAUUGAUAGAUGGCAGAAAAUUGUAUGCUACCUCUAGUAUAUCUCAAAGAAGGAAGUUCUUGUGAACCCAUCUUGUGAGAAUCGUUGUGUUUGUUAAAUAUUUAAGUAUUUAAAAGUUGAUGUGAUAUAUGUAUGGUAUGUAAGGUUGAAGAACUUGUUAAUCGUGACUCGAGUUUGUAAAGAGUGUAUUUAAUUGAAUUUUGUAAAUUAUAUGUAAAUUCAAACAAAACUUAAAUAAAGUAUCGAUACUUA